GGCGGCGCAGGGCGGCGCAGGGCGGCGCAAGAUGGCGGAGGGCGACAAUAAGAGCAGCAACCAGCUGGCUGCGGAAACUGCUAGCUUGGAAGAGCAAUUGCAAGGAUGGGGAGAAGUGAUUUUGAUGACUGAUAAAAUUCUUCGCUGGGAGAGAGCCUGGUUUCCUCUCGCACUGAUGAGCGUGGUUUCCUUUUCUUUCUUGAUGAUUUACUACUUGGAUCCAUCUGUUCUGUCAGGCGUCUCCUGUUUUGUUAUGUUCCUCUGCUUGGCCGAUUACCUUGUUCCUGCUCUUGCACCUAGAAUCUUUGGCUCUAAUAAGUGGACAACUGAGCAGCAGCAAAGAUUUCAUGAAAUUUGUAGUAAUUUGGUAAAGAGUCGUCGCAGAAUUGUUGGUUGGUGGAGACGUCUCUUCACACUGAAGGAAGAGAAGCCUAAAAUGUACUUCAUGACCAUGCUGUGUUCUCUUGCUGUGGUUGCCUGGGUAGGACAGCAAGUUCACAAUCUCUUUCUCACAUACCUUAUUGUGAGUUUCUUGCUGCUGUUUCCUGGACUAAACCAGCAUGGGAUCAUUACAAAGUACAUUGGAAUGGCAAAAAGGGAGAUAAACAAACUUCUCAAGCACAAGGAAAAGAAAGUUGUCUUGCUCCUUGGCUUACUUUUUCUUUAUAUUGGCUCCCUGAUCAGUGAAAAUGUCACUCGGACAACAGCUGUGGAUUUGUGUCCCUCUUGCUCUGUUGCUGAUGGUUUUGCAGUCUGAGCUGAGCUUGUGAAAGAUCCUGACCUUUGACUUGUGGAGCUUAUUAGUCUUCACAAAAGUAAGAGGCCCCAUAAAUAAAUACUGCAACUCAAAAGAAACAUCAAUGUUGUAAUGUACAAAUAGCCUUCUUGUAAUUUUGUUAGCUUCACCAAUCAUUCAUCAGCUAAUGAUUUGUGGCUACCAGAAGUAGGGAAGUUUCUAUUUCUCCCACUUUUUGGAGACAUUUUACUACUGACUUUUGUGGGAAGAUGAUUACCAGAAUAAGAAUAAUUAUAGCUGAGGGUGCAUAUUCAGAAUUGGGGGCAGAAGUUGAUCCUGUUGCCUUGCUUAAGCUCUGUUUGCUUAUUUGGCUGUGUAGAUCAGAUUGUCUGUGAAAUAGGGUUCUGGAAUACCUACAUUUUUAUUUCAGUUAUUUAGCUGUAGCAUUAAUUUCAACUUAUUGCACUGAAACUGUAGAAACUGAGUUAAGGUGUGUACCUUAACAGCUGAUUGUUCUAAAAACUGCUGUUGUUGUGGAGCCAUGUAAUGCGUUUGGUUUUAUGAAUGUUGUCUGUACACAAAAUCACCUUGAGUAGAUUAGAUUUAUCUCUUGUAAAUAAGCCU